UAAAUACCAAUUUUACGUGCACGAGAUUUCCAUUCCAGUACUUUUCGGCUUUCGCUUUACACCCCGAUUUCGUUUUAGAGAACUAGUGCGUCGCUUUUCCACACCGUUGCUAGUUUUUUUAGAAAUGCAGCUCGUCAUUAAUUUUCUGCUCGUCUGUAUAGGCGGUGUGCUGUGUGACCAACCGAAUUUGGCGACCGAUUUGGAAAGCAUACAGAAUAAGAUCAAUGAGAUUCCGGGUUUGGAACACCUCGACAAGGACGUACCGUCACAGGAGGAGAUUCUUAACGUGACCAAAUGGAAAUGCGAGCAAAACGGCGGACCGCUUGCCUUUGAGAACUUGAUGGCGGCCAAAGACGAAAUACAGAAGUGCAUCGAGGACAACUUCGAUUUCAGCAAAAUCGAAUCCGAGCUGAGCGAGAAACGGAAGACCGGGUCGAUGGACGAUGUGUUUGUGAAGUAUUGCGGGAAAAAGUCGGUGGUCGAUGCUUGCAUGCAGAAUUUCACCGAGGCGGUUUCGCCUUGUUUGGAAAACGUGGAAAAGUCCAGCCUGAAACUGCUUCUCAACAUUACCGAUAAUUUGAUCGAUUUCGGUUGUCACAAGGAUGGGGACCGAAUUGCAAUGUUUUUAGCCGAAGGCGGUUUGGAAUGCCUCCGCAACAAGACCGAUGGCAUCGAAGACUGCUUCAACAAAACCAUCCGUCAUCGCAUUCCUCAAUCCUUCGCGCUCACCGCCUUGCCACUAUUUGCCAUGAACGACGACGGAUGCGACGACUUCUCCAAUUUGCACAAGUGCGUAACGGGCGUACUCGAGACAUGCACCGAUCAUACGCCGGCGAAUUUAGUCGACGCCGCCUUUAAGUACACGCUCCGUUCGACACCUUGUAAAGACCGAAAAAGGGCGGCGCCCGCCGGAACGCGUCGUCGCAUAUUCAGAAGGGACACUCCCUCGCAGGAACUAUUCGCCAUACAGCACGCCUACGAUAAGCUGAAGCAAAAGUUCGAGCCCCACUGCCUGCAGAACGGCGGCCAGAAAGCGGCGAACGAAUUUCGGGAGGCGCUGACGUACGUCGAGCGCUGCCAGAAUCAGGAACAAACGAAGUUCAUGCGUAAGAACGAGGAGGUUCGUGGAAUUUCGUACGAUUACAUGUGCAAGGAGUUUCGUCAGGGCUUGAGGGGUUGCUUGUCCAAUUUGACGAAGAAGAUGGAGGUGUGUUCGAAUCCGGCGGAAAAAUACGUCCCCAAGUUCGGUUUGGAAAUGUACGAUUCCGUUUUUAACUACAAGUGUAAAGAUGAUGCGCGCGCGCUAAAGAUGCUAUUUGGGGAGCAAGAUAUCUGCACGAAGACCAUUCUCGGCUCGACCGACGUUUGCAUUGGAAAAACCAAACACAUUCGCGAUUACUCCAAGGAAGCGGUGGUUACCAAAACGGAAUUGUGCAGCGACAUGAAACUGUUGAGAAAUUGCUUCCGAGAUAUGGUCUCGCAGCAUUGUCCGAACAACAACAACGUCAACGAUCUCGUCAAGGGCCUCAGUGACGCAAUAUACGCGCCGUGCGCUUCGUGCGGCGCGCUCGCGAAUUUGGCGCUGACGCUCGCGCUGGUAAUUUUAAGUAGGCUAUUUUAAAAAGACCAAAGAUUUUAAACGAAUGGGGAUGAAAACGAUUUUGUUGAUUUAUAAAGGGUUUACUUUUUGUUAUUCUCAACUUUUCGGUUGAGAAAUUGUAUUACGCCGUUCGAUUUCCUAACUUAAAAGGUCACCAGUUCAAAUCUAGAGAUAAUAUGUUUACGAAGCUACGUUUAUCUCGUGUAUACCUGAUAAGAUUUCCACGAAAGUGUACUAAAUUGUAACGCUAUUGUGAAGUAUUUUGCUAGAUGUAUUGCCUGUAUGUCCCACCAGGUGUCGUGCACCUGCGCACUUUUUUAAGAUGAAGGUAUUGUCUAUAUGGGCGUAUGCCCCAGGCAGCUGGCUUGAUAGUUUGUGCCUCGAUGUUAAUAUACUCUGAAAUGUACCUUAAUAGUGCCUACGUAUACAAAUUCUUCGCAUUUUUAUAUUGUCAUUUUCUAAUUUAGGGCUCUUGUGGAAUGUUUACUGAUUAAAUGUCUUAAAUACACAUAUAGCAAAUGA